AUGGCUCACACCAUUCGCUCACUCAAGUCCGGCAAUGGUUGGACAAAUAGCGAACUCGUCGGUUUCAACAUUCAAAUCCACGAUGCCGACACUGUGACUUUCUUCAAUACUCCUGAUCUUCCUAGUCGGUCUAAUGUCUCUUCCACUAUCCUCAACAACGUUGAAGUGCCGCAAGGCCCUUUGACAAAAAAUGACCGGCUAUUCUUCCAUUAUCUGAGGGACGCCGUCAGAGGAGAAGAGUCUAUGAUUGACGACUUUGUGGCAUUCAUCUUGGGCAUGCUAGAGUAUGACGAGCCAGAUCGUAUCAUACGCCGACGCAAAGAUCUUUCGUUCGUCAUGUGUGGUCAGACAGUCAACGCCCAGACCGACGUUUGUGUGACGACAUCCACCGACAUUCUUCUGCUUGUGCAGGGGGACAAAAAGGGUUAUGAUCCUGAACCACAGCUUAUCGCAGAGGCAAUUGCGGCCUUCUAUCAAAAUAACCGAGGCCGUGCUCUUUCUGGCCGACCUCCACUCGCUUCCAAAGUCUUCCCCGGGAUCACGAUGAUCGGCGCUGUUCCCAUCUUCUAUCGUAUCCCGACCACUGCAGAACUUGUUAGAUGCAUCGAAACUGCGACGUACCCACCCCAGGCCACGAUUGUGCAGAGGUUCGUUCCGCUGGUCCCUAAUCUAGCGCUGUAUAUGGUAGAUGGUUUGGUACCUCUUGAGAACCGCCGUAUUGUCAUGCAGUGCUUUGAGGCGUUUAAAGUGUUUGUCACCGAGGAAUGA